AUGCUCGCCAUACAAAAAGCGAAGAGAGCUGACUCCUGCACGGCCAAUGUACUGCCGUGCAGGAUACACCACAAUGGCCCUACGAAAGUGACCAAGAGAUACUGGCAAGUAACGACGGAGAAGGAUGGAUGUAAGACCGCGUACUUUCGUGGCAGACGAUUGAAGGGUGUCGCAGUGCCAGUACCAGAAGGAUAUGAAGGUGAGCAUGAGAUCAACGAAGCCGACGCCGUUCAGCUAAACCGUCCAGGUCUGGUUGUCAAGUCGACAGAGCAUAAAGCUGUGGCACCACAGCCAACGUUCGCGGCCGCACGCGAUUCAGAUGACGAAGACGAGGAGUCCGAAGAGCCACCUAAAUUGUUGGAGACCAUCUCCGAGAUCAAGGAAAUGAUUGUCUGGGACCACGACCGCCAGCCUACAUCAGAUGAUGCCUUUCUGAAAGGCGUUGACGAGUUCAUCGCCUUUGCAGACGCCAUACAUUCAUGA